GGCGCCGCGUGGGGCCGGCACCUCCUCGCAGCUGCCGCGGCCGCGACUUACCGGCAGGUCACGCCGAGGAGCGGGUGGCUGAAGCUGUACUACUUUAUAAAAUUAAUGGAGAACAGACAAAGCAUCACAAACCAAGAAGAACUUUGGAAAAUGAAGCCUAGGAGAAGUCUAGAAGAAGAUAAUUAUUUGAGUAAGAACUCAGGAGAAACCAGCAUGCUGAAAAGACCUGUGCUUUUGGACUUGCACCAAACAACCUACUAUGAUGAAUUUGAUUGCCCUCCAGAGCUUCAACACAAGCAGGAGCUUUUUCCAAAGUGGCGCUUACCAAUUAAAAUUGCUGCUAUUGUAUCAUCUCUGACUUUUCUUUACACUCUUCUGAGGGAAAUAAUUCACCCUUUUGUAACUUCCCGUCAACAGUAUUUUUAUAAAAUUCCAAUCCUGGUCAUUAACAAAGUCUUGCCAAUGGUUUCUAUCACCCUCUUGGCACUGGUUUAUUUGCCAGGUGUGAUAGCAGCAGUUGUACAGCUUCAUAAUGGAACCAAGUACAAGAAGUUUCCACAUUGGUUGGAUAGAUGGAUGCUAACAAGAAAGCAAUUUGGGCUUCUCAGUUUCUUUUUUGCUGUACUGCAUGCAAUUUAUAGUUUAUCCUAUCCAAUGAGACGAUCCUACAGAUACAAGUUGCUAAACUGGGCUUAUCAACAGGUCCAACAAAAUAAAGAAGAUGCCUGGAUUGAGCAUGAUGUCUGGAGAAUGGAAAUUUAUGUGUCCCUGGGAAUUGUGGCACUUGCAAUACUGGCUCUGUUGGCUGUGACAUCUCUUCCAUCUGUGAGUGACUCUUUGACGUGGAGAGAAUUUCAAUAUAUUCAGAGCAAGCUAGGAAUUGUAACCCUUCUGCUGGGCACAAUACACGCAUUGAUUUUUGCCUGGGAUAAAUGGGUAGAUAUAAAACAAUUUAUAUGGUAUACACCUCCAACUUUCAUGAUAGCUGUUCUCCUUCCGAUUGUUGUCCUGAUGUGUAAAGCCAUACUGUUCCUGCCAUGCUUGAGGAAGAAGAUACUGAAGAUCAGACAUGGUUGGGAAGAUGUCACCAAAAUUAGUAAAAUGGAGAUGUCUUCACAGUUGUAGAAUUACUGUUCGCACACAUUUUUGCUCAAUAUUGCUGCAUUUUAUCAUAAACAUUUCAAAUUUGUAUUUGUUUAAUAAAAUGAUAACUUGAGGA